GUUGCUCACAUUCAAAGGCGGACUAGGUCUCCAUCGCAUUACAGCCGUUCGCGUUGUAUUUUCCAGUUCAAAUACAGCCACGCACUGUUGAAGUCAAUUUUCGUCUAAGUGGUUUGAGUUACACCGUAGGGCUGUCACCCCCAUUGUUGUUCUGUCGGGUUGAUAUUUGGAGAAAAUUUCGUGCCGGGGGGCCACAAUCGAUCACUUACAAUAAAGACGAUGGCGAAAACGGUCGGUUGCGGUUCGUCGUGAAUCGCGUUCCGGCAGUGUUGUAAACAUAAACCGUCGGCGCUUGCGUUUCGGAUACGCAAAGUGUUAAUAAAUAAACAUCCUCGUCCGAUUCGCAGUUGGUAGCCGCUGUUCCGAUGCCGUAAAGAUGAUUGUCCGCAGGUGCGAAAGCAAUUAGGUUCCCUUAAAAGGAGGAGUUCUAAGAGCUGACGCGUGUUAAUGUGCGAUUACCCCUAUUAGCCGCCCGGCGGGCGUUGGCCGAUAUUUUUGGAUCAAAAUUUGGAAUUAUAUUUCGUCGGGUGGGUGGACGGGACGGGAGUAAAUGUUUGGUUUACGCGACGUGCUUUGCGGGUAGAAGUAGAACGAUUUUUGAGUGGAACGGUCGCAUUGUGUGGAACUUACUAAGUGCGAUGACGAAUGGUUUGUGCUUAUCAGUUGGUCUCUUCGGUUUAGUCAUAUCAGUCGCUUGGGCUGAUAGCGUUGGUCAACUGCCUUGUGAGUUUCGUGAUUCCGUGAAUAUAAGCAGUGGGACAAGGGACUCCCAGCAGAAUUUUCUGUACGGUGGUCUCAAGUACACAUCCGAACAUUACGCUCUGAUAAACUAUGAUUACGUGAGCUUCGAUGAAGUGGUGGCAGUUCCGCCUUAUUAUAGAGGAUGCAUUUGUCAACUUACCAAUUGUGUUCGGCUUUGCUGUCCGGUGGGCAAAUGGUUUUCCAGCGAUGGUGAAAAAACAACAUGCAACAAUACCGGUAGCGAUUUGCCAUUUAAGGUGUGGGCAAACGUUAGCUCCGGCGAUGGUGCACGUGUUGCAAAUCUAGUAGACGCACCGAACUUCGGAUUUGUACAUCAAAAACCGUGUCCUGGAGUGCUUCCUGGGGAAUUAGAAGAAUGGUAUUUGGAUGAACAUGGAACAAUACAAAUAAUGGAAGACAUUAGCAUCCUGCAAGAGGAAUACUGCUUGGCAAUUUCAGACUUUGUUAGUACAGCCAUUCCGUACUUCUGUCCGCUGAUCGAGCAAGGGAAAGUGUCAUAUUCUAUCGGAAUUAUUUUAUCUAUUCCGUUCCUGCUGGCCACACUGAUCAUCUACACCUGCAUACCGGAACUCAGAAACAUACACGGCAAAUCGCUAAUAUGCUACAUCCUGGCGCUGACCUUUGCCUACGUAAUGCUUCUGUUGAUAAACUUUCAAACAUCCUUCAUUCCGUGCAAUGUGAUGGGCUAUAUGUUGUACUACUCCGUCCUGGUUAGUUUCUUUUGGCUCAACGUGAUGUGCUUCGACAUAUUUUGGACCUUCAGCAGUGGGGUCGUCAUUAAGAAUGAACAAAAACGAUUCCUACAUUAUGCACUGUACGCUUUCGGGAGUCCAACGGUGAUUUUGGUGGUCGCACUUCUCUUCGAUCACACUGAGCUGAUUACUGAGGAGUACAGGCCUCGGUUCGGAGAGUAUGGUUGUUUUAUUUUUCGGGAAAAGUUAAUAGAAUUUUUGUACUUCUACCUGCCGCUACUAAUUUUGGUUAUGGCUAACCUGUACUUUUUCGUGGUAACCGCAAUUCGCAUCAUCAGAAUUCAACGCGCAACGGAUGUUGCUCUUCGGAACGGUUCGAGGCGACACAGCAAGUUCGAAAAGGAUCGACACAGAUUCAGCCUCUAUCUGCGCUUGUUCAUCGUAAUGGGCGUAACGUGGUCAUUCGAAAUCGCUUCCUGGGCCAUCGGCAGCAGUGAUUGGUUCUUCUACGUAUCGGAUGUGUGCAACUGUUUGCUGGGUGUGAUUAUCUUUUUUCUAUUCGUUUGGAAGCAGAAGGUCAGACAGCUGGUAGCGAAAAGAAUAGGCAACCAACAGGAACUUAGACGAGUGAAGUCAAGAUCCGCAAAUACGGUUUCAUCGACCGGAGGUACCAAGUUUACCAGUAUUCAGGAUUCGGUGGACUCACAGCAGGCCGUGACUGCUUAAGGGAAGCGCUUCAAUGGAUUCGGUACGAUUUUCAGUUCGUAUUACUCGAAGGCAUUUACAAUUUUGUGCCGAGGCACAUUAAAGGUAUUGCAACGCACUCAUGAAUUUAUUAUAUUGGAGCUCGCAUAACAAAUGAAGAUGACUUUUUUAUAGACACACGGUAUAUUCGUGAGGAAAGCUUUAUAUGAAAUAAAUUGU